AUGUCAUCAGUCAGUCUCGAACAACGCUCGAAUACAGCUACAUCCACCAACGAACCUCCGUGCCAUCAUGCCCCUCGGUUCGGUCAACCGAUCUCGCUAGGAUCGACGAUAUCACCUGAAGAUUACAGGAAACGCAGAGUCGCUUUGAUCACUGGUAUCACCGGGCAGGAUGGUUCUUACCUUACCGAACUCUUACUCGACAAGGGCUAUGAAGUCCACGGCCUUAUCAGGCGUUCAUCCAGCUUCAACACCGGCAGGAUCGAGCAUCUUUAUAAAGACGUACACGAACAACCCAAGAUGGUAUUACAUUAUGGGGAUUUGACCGAUACCACCAAUCUAGUAUACAUCAUCUCGCAAACCCAGCCGACGGAGGUUUAUAAUCUGGCCGCCCAAUCUCACGUCAAGGUAUCCUUUGACAUGGCUGAAUAUACGGGGGAUGUUGAUGGAUUGGGGACGCUGAGAUUGUUGGAUGCUAUUCGAACCUGCGGACUCACUAAACACGUCCGAUUUUACCAAGCGUCUACCUCUGAGCUCUACGGCAAGGUUACCGAAACUCCACAGACUGAAUCUACACCUUUUUAUCCCCGGAGUCCAUAUGGCGUGGCCAAGCUUUACGCGUACUGGAUCGUGAAAAAUUACAGAGAAAGUUAUGAUAUGUUUGCCUGCAACGGGAUCCUUUUCAAUCACGAGUCACCUAGAAGAGGACGAACUUUUGUGACUCGCAAGAUCAGUCGAGCGGUCGCUGAGAUCAGCCUUGGGCAGCAAGAAUGUCUUUAUCUUGGUAAUCUUUCCGCAAAAAGAGACUGGGGACACGCCAAGGAUUACGUGGAAGGGAUGUGGAAGAUGUUGCAACAAGACAAGCCCGAUGACUUCGUGCUUGCCACCGGAGAAACUCAUUCAGUCAGAGAAUUUGUCGAAAAAUCUUUUGCAGUCGUUAAUAUUACCAUCAAGUGGCAAGGAGAACUUGACAGUGUACAAGAGAUCGGAAUCAAUGCUCAAAGCGGCAAAGUGGUAGUCCGAGUGGAUCCCAUGUACUUUAGACCGGCUGAAGUGGAGUUGCUUCAUGGGAUGCCUAAGAAGGCUGAAGCCCUACUUGGCUGGAAGAGAACGGUGGAUUUCGAUAGUCUUGUGCGCGAGAUGGUCGAGGCAGAUUUGAUCGGCGCUCGGGCAGCAGAUCAUAAUUGA